CCGCAGCAGUACCAGCGCGCGCGCCGGAAGGAACUAACCUGGAGCACGCGGCCCGGAACCCGACACCCCUCCGCUGGACCGGACCGGAGGAGCCAGCCCUCUGGACCGAUGUCCUGGCCGAAAUGUCCCGACACAUCUACAUCCGGAACAAGAUAGGCGAGGGCAUCCAAGCGCCCAUCUUUCAGGUGAAUCGAGGGACUUAUUCCAGGAGGAGUCGACUCAAGAGGUCUGAUGGCAGCACCACGUCCACCAGUUUCAUCCUCAGACAGGGCUCAGCUGAUUCAUAUACUAGCAGACCAUCAGACUCAGAUGUCUCUCUGGAGGAGGAGCGGGAGGUGCCGGCCCAGGUCCCGAGCCAGAGCCCAAGCCAGAGCCAAGGACCGGGACAGAGCCGCCAAGAGAGGGAGCAGCAGGCCACCACUCAACUGGAGAGAGCCAAGACCAAACCAGUGGCGUUUGCUGUGAGGACCAACGUCAGCUACUGUGGCGCACUGGAUGAGGAUGUUCCAGUACCAGCCACCGCCAUCUCCUUUGACGCCAAGGAUUUCCUCCACAUAAAAGAGAAGUUCAACAACGACUGGUGGAUCGGUCGGUUAGUGAAAGAGGGCUGUGAGAUCGGCUUCAUCCCCAGCCCUCUGAAGCUCGAGAACAUCCGGCUCCAGCAGGAGCAAAAGAGAGGACGUGUUCAAGGUAAGUUUGGAGGGAACUCUUCUUCCAGUGUAGAGGACGAGGUGUCCGCCUCUAUCCGGCCCCUUAUAUCCUCAGGAAAGCAGAAACAGAAAGUGACGGAGCACGUCCCCCCGUACGACGUGGUCCCCUCCAUGAGGCCCGUGGUGCUGGUGGGGCCCUCGCUGAAGGGCUACGAGGUUACAGACAUGAUGCAGAAAGCACUGUUCGACUUCCUCAAGCACAGAUUUGAUGGCAGGAUAUCUAUCACACGAGUCACGGCAGAUAUAUCCUUAGCCAAGAGGUCCGUUCUCAACAACCCCAGUAAAAGGGCCAUCAUUGAAAGAUCCAACACCCGCUCCAGCUUAGCUGAGGUGCAGAGUGAAAUCGAGAGGAUCUUUGAGUUGGCCCGGUCCCUGCAGCUGGUGGUGCUGGACGCUGACACCAUCAACCACCCAGCCCAGCUCCUCAAGACCUCCCUGGCCCCCAUAAUAGUUCACGUGAAAGUCUCCUCGCCAAAGGUCCUGCAGAGGCUCGUCAAGUCCAGAGGGAAGUCCCAGAGCAAACACCUGAACGUCCAGCUGGUGGCGGCCGACAAACUGGCCCAGUGUCCUCCAGAAAUGUUCGACAUCAUCCUGGACGAGAACCAGCUGGAGGACGCCUGCGAGCAUCUCGCCGAAUACCUCGAGGCCUACUGGAAGGCAACCCACACCUCGAUGGCGACGCCCCUGAACCCCCUGCUGGGACGCAACCUGGGCCCCACCACCCUCACGCCCUACCCCACCAGCAUCUCUGGACUACAGCAGAGCCAACGGAUGCGACAGAGCAACCACACGGGGGACCACUCCACCCCGAACGAGCGGCGCAACCUGAUGACGUCCGACGAGAACUACCACAACGAGCGGGCGCACAAGGGACGCAACCGCAUGUCUUCUGGCUCGCAGCAUAGCCGAGAGCAGCAGGACCCCUACCAGGACUACCAGGACCCCUAUCAGGAUGCAUACAAGCCACAUCGCAAUCGCAGUUCACCGGGCAGCUACAGCCAUGACUCCCGGCACCGGCUCUGAGCCGGAGUCACCAUCGUGGGCCCCAAAGCGGAACCAGAUUCCACAAUAAACGCUGCAACAGAACCAAGACGGUCCCAAAUUCUACUUUUUUUUUUUUUAAUUUAUUUUUUAAGGUUUGCGUUAAUUAGUUUUUUGUCGACCUGGCUAAUUUUCUCUUUUAGAAGUCACAACAAAAUCAGAUGUUUUUUUUAAUCAAGCUGCCGGGGGCGACGACCUCCGUCAAUCAACAGCGCGAGUAGUCGACGUCAUAACGAACGCCGUAGAACGAACGCCGUAGAACGAAUCCCCGUCCCGCGUAUCACUGGGACCUUUUUUUUUGGGGGGGGGGGGGGAGAGAGAUUGUGCUAACACACGAAGCUCAGCAGAUUUAUGGAUAGCGGUCAGAUUAGGUGACGGCGCCCGGCGGGGGGGGGUCGCAUCUAAGUGCCCUGGGACGUCGCACCGGCUCGGUGGGGAGGCCGCUGCGCACAGACUGCUGAAGGCCGCUGACCCCCCCCUCCCCCCCUCCCCCACCCCCCCGGGCCCGUGUAUAAAUAAACCCCUCUCUCCAUUUAGCUUAACAUGCAUGCUGUUAGAUGAUCCAACCUCCGCGUCCACUUUAUUGAUAUUUUGUACCUAGCGUUCUGGAUUCUCUUAUAAUGUGGUGUAGAUACAGAGGUCCAAUUUUUCUAAAUCACGUGCUUGUGUGGAACGGCGUCGUUGGUGGGCUCGUGUCGUGGGGGGGGGGGGGUGGGGGGAGUUUGAUUGCUGGUUUCGAAAAACCGGUGCUUCACAUUCCCAAACUAUUUUGCUAUUUCGGAAAGUCACUUUUUUGAGCGAGGCCAGCUUUUUCUGUAGCAUAGCUUUCAGGGUUUGAUUCGGGCGCAGGGCGGCCCUCGCCGAUCCCGGUGAACGCCGUCGGGGAGGCGGGCCAACGCGGCUUCUGUUGUCAACGGCUACCACUUCGAGAGUUGGGAGAUGGCGGCAGCCGUGGCGGUCUGAUAGGAGAGCGAGAGGCAAUAGCAAAAAUCCGACUGGAGACGCCGUCGGACGUCGUCGAGUGUGCGGAGCGGCAGACGAACCGACGCCGCGAGAAGCUCCGGAGCCGUUCGGGAACUUUAUAUUUCUGGCCCUGCCAGCGUUUGAUCGACCGAUUUAAAAGAAAAAAACAAAACAAAAAAAAAAAGGUCGUUUUUUUUUGUUUUUGUUGCAUUUAUUAGCAUCGGAAUGGAAAGCGGUGUCGCGUUAAAAAAAACCGAGGUGCAGAUGGCGGUGAAGUCAUGCGAUGGGUUCGGAGCCCAUCGAAGUUCCUCCCUGUGGUUUUAGGGGAUUAAAGCAUUAAAUACGUGGCACGGCAGGAUCGGUUGCAUCGUGUUCAUUCUCUGUGUAGCUGGCAUGUUGUCCUGACUGCAGAGCAUGUUCCCUUGAGUAGAACCCUACUGUAAGCAAGUUGAUGUUUGUAGAAGUAAAAGGCACAUCUCUCUUAAAAAAAAGAAUUAUAAUAAUUAAAAAAAAAGAAAAAGACAAGAAAAAGAUGGGCCAAAUUACAGAAAAAUGGUUUGUAACUCAAUACACGGAAACAGCUCAACAGACGACUUUGAGUUUUGGUUUCUAUCAUUCUGAUUAAUUACAGAUUCAGUGAAUUGCAUGACUCAAAAGUCAAUUCUGGAUUACGUGAACAAAAUGUCAAAACAGCCCUCUCAAAAAAAAAAAAGAGGUUCCCCUCACGGUUCUUUUGAAAGAGAGCAGAGAGCUGCUGGCGCUUCUAGUUUUUAAGACUUGUCGUCAUCGUCAUAACACACUGUACAUAUCUUAUUACUUUUAAGAUAUCUUGCGAUAAAGACUCACUGAUUUUUAUCUCCAGAUAAGCAGACGGAGCCUUAAAAAAAGCUUCAAAUUGAUCAUUAAAAUAUUUUUUGUCUUGUGCUCACAGGACAAAGGUCUUCCUUCCGUACGUCGUAGUCCGUAUAAGCCACUGCUUUUUUUCUUAGCGGGACACAAAUAUAGUAAUCAACGAAAAAGAACGUGAGUUAUCCUCAAGACAAAUCAAUACGUUUUUUUCUUUUGGAUGCUCAUGGUUUCUGAUUUUUUUUUUUUUUAAAUGGGGACUUCCUUUCCGGAAAAGAUGGAAACCGAGUGAAGCGUGUGACCCGAUUCAUCUGUUCCUGAGUUUAUUGUACAGCACGACAGACCAUAUGUUGUCAGAAGAGUCUGAAUGCCCAGAAGAUAAAUAAACACAUGUCUGAAAGCAGGAAUCCAUUCCCUUAAAUAUGAUGAUUUGUUUUUUUUGUCUUGAGAUCUAUACAGAGUGCUCUCCAAUUGAAU